CAUAGUGCACGCAUCCCUUCCAGCUCAUGCCUUAUUCAGCGGCCCACCAAGGGACCAUAUCCUGUACAUAAUUCAGCUGCAGAGUGAGCGCGUCGGCUGGCGAAAAGUGGUGAUCUUGAAUUAUGCACGUAAUCAUAGAAUUUAAUUCGACCCGCGCGCGGCUAAAUAAAUUAAACUGGUAUCGAUCCCGCGGGGGCCGCGGCGGCAGCCAAAUUACAUACAGAGCGCCACAACACGCACCCACGGCAGAUAUAACUGCGCCACUUUCCGCCGCAUUUGCUUAUAUUGUAUUGAAACACACAUAAUACUUAUCUCGCGCUUAUUUCAUUUUUCUCCCCGUCGGAACAAACGGAAAAUUAUUUCACCCCUCCCGGACGCUGUGAAUGGGAAAAGCACGCGACUUUUGCUCCGUUUGUUUCGUAUCACAAACUCUAAUGUUUUUUCUUUUCUUGAUUUGGGUUUUUUCACGUGGAAUGCGCAUGACGAGCGGCCACUUUGUUCUCUGGAGAAGCGCUCUCGUGACUGGCUAGUGUUUGGAGGAACGUCGUGGUGGCGGCAUGUGAAGGAAAAGGGUUACGCAACCUGGGAAGUGCGUGAGUGCUGCAGAAAGAGAACCCAGAUUUGGGCUACAGGAAGGAUCGCCGCCAAUGGUGCUGUGAGAAGCGGCGGAGCUGUUAACCUAUAUGUCGAUUGGUACUUUUGACUUUAAAAGGCAGCAAGAUGAGCCAAGGGGUCGAUCACUUUUUCUACACAAAUUUUGAAAUAUUACCGGAUCCCAGAACAAAAGACUGGUUUCCCGUUACCAAUUUCAAUCUCGCCGUGGUUCUGGUUGCCGCCUAUCUGAUCUUCUGCCUCUUCCUCGGCCCUCUGCUCAUGAAGAACAGAGAACCGAUGCAACUGAAGAACAGUAUGGCCGGUUACAAUCUGACGAUGGUUCUAGUCAGUGCUUACGUCGCAUUUGAGUCUUUCAUGGGAGGGUGGGGCACCCACUAUCGCUUCUUUUGCCAUCCCAUCGGCGCUCCUGACGACAAAAACUCCCUAAGGAUGGCCAAAGCGCACUACGUCUACUUCGUCUCCAAGUUUGUCGAGUUGAUGGACACGGUGUUCUUUGUGCUGCGCAAAAAAUACUCUCAUAUCACAUUCUUGCAUGUGUACCACCACGGCGUAGUGGUGUUAAUGGCUUUCUGCUCGCUCCGCUAUCUGCCAGAUGGACAUGGAACUUUGAUUGUGCUGCUCAAUUCUCUGAUCCACGUGAUUAUGUAUGCUUAUUAUUUCCUGGCCGGGCUAGGACCCAAAAUGCAAAAGUACCUUUGGUGGAAAAAGUAUCUAACAUCCAUGCAAUUGGUCCAGUUUUUGUUCACGUUGUCUCAUGCAGCCGUAGUUUUCCACCCUUCGUGCAACUACCCUAAACCGUUGGUCAUCGUUCUCAUGAUCAACUCUGGCAUGUUCCUACUGCUUUUUGCAAAUUUCUACAGGAAGAGCUAUAAGAAGGAAAAGAAUGAAGAGGGGGAAUCGCACAUAAAGAGCAAGAAAUCUAAGAAGAACAAAUAGUUACAUAUAAUUUUAACUCUAGAAAUAUGUAGAAAGAAUGUGGAAAAUGAAACUAUAGCCGAGAGAUUAACACUUUUGAGUAAAUGAGAAAAUAAGAGAGAAUGUUUUAUUUUUUAAAUUUUGCACCAGGUAUAUUAAAUUGUAAAUCAACAAAUUGUGUUUAAGGAAAAUUAAAUGGAAUAUUUAUUUUUUUGCCAAAAUUAUUUUAUAAUAAAAAGAUUU